AUGUCUAAACAUUGGGUUAUUAGGAUCCGAAAGCCGUCUUUGAAUACCACUAUUGCUGUCGUUCUUGGUGGAACUACAGCGAUAUGUAUUUGGUGGCUUUUGAAACGCUUAAUACCUCAAAAUGGUAAAAAGAAAUCCGUUCUCGAAGCCGACAGAUACAAGGCUCUCUCAAAAGAAAUUUUAUACGCUAAUCAGUCCCAUUUGGAAGAUACAUUUUCUACAAGAUCCCCAACCAUUGUUCUAUCAAAUUAUCAAUCUUCUAGGAGAGUCCUCUCUCACCAUACUUCUAUCUCCACUGUCUCUACCUUAGCCGUCGACUGCGGAACAAUUGGUUUGCAAACCUUAAAUAUGGUUGUUAACCAAGUGGAGGAAUGUAUAAGCAAAAUUAACCGAACUGUCCAGCAACUUAGUACUAAAGAUCCAAAUGUCGAUGUGUUCAUAAAAGAGUUGCAGAAGUUUCUUGAAACUUCCAUUUUAUUGCGAGAGCAAUUCAAGCGCGAAUUUAUUAAAGGAACUCCCGUUUCCGCUUUUGAUCUUCAGUGCAUCGAUUCGAUCUCUGAUGGCGACAGCGAAUCCUUCUUUUCUACUGUAGAGGAAAUUGAUUAUUCGGAAUUAGAACUUCAAAUUCAAUCUAAUUAUCAUCGACCGUUCUAUCGAAGUGCCCUCAAAGAGAUCAACGAAUCUUCACCAGUUUGCAGAGCUGUCCGUACGGAGCUGAUGUUUUGCGGAUCUGAUGUGGAAUACAUUGGCAAACUUGUUUGUGUUCGACAGGGAUUCGAUCACAUUCUUUCCAAAGCAGGCCCAGUUUCCUGGCUAAUCCAGUUUGGAAAAGCAUUUGCUUGUGGUUGUCUCCUUAAUUUGGGAAGCUCAACGACAGAUUUUGAGAAUGCUUUCUUGACCCUACUUGAUUACCUCAACUCUCUGCAUGACCCCGACAGCAAGGCACAAUUCGCUGAUGAACUAGCGAGCAAGGGUGUUCAAGCUAUUAAUUUCUAUGAUAUCUUUUUUGACCGAAUUCUAAUCGAUGCGUUGGAAAAUCUAAGCGACCCUCCUCAAUCCAUCUACACUCUGACUCGCAACACUUGGCUCAGUCCUUCUUUUAAGAGAUCUGCCCUCGAUUCUGCCGUUUGGACUCUAAUGGCGGCCAAACGAAAAAUGCUCAAAUAUCCGGAUCGAUUCUUUGCUCUCUAUUAUCGUGUUGUGGAGACUGUUACAGCUCCUCUGGCUUGGGGUUUCCUGGGAACGGACGAGUCUCUUAACACAUUUUGUGAUGCUGUUCGUGAAGAAGUCGUCACUUUUCUCCGAUCCCUUUUCAAAUUUGCCGAUAGUGAUGAUGAUAUUAUUAAUCAUUGUCCAAUUUCACAGAUUGAUAAGGAAGAAGGAGAUGAUGGUACUACAAGCUCUUCAUUCUUUGACUUUGAUGAGAAUGAGGUAAAUUGUGAGGACGAAGACGACGACGAUGUAACGAUAACCCCCUCUGGGGAAAAGGCGACCUCUGAGACUGUAGAUCAUCAGUUCUAUUGUGGAAUGAAUUACACUAGUUUGGAGACAUUUUCUUCUUGCAUAUAUUUCAAUAUUGCUGUGCUUCAACAACGACUUUACUCCCUGAUUACUGAUUUCGCUGGAAACAAUUCUAUUCAACUUCCUGCUAGUGUUCGGGACGGGUUGAUUUUAGCUCAACCUCCCUUACCAUUUUAG